CUCCCUUCACUCGACAUUGCGCGCCUCUAGCUCAGCACUCCGGAACCUGCCCUCGUACGAACGCUUGUCUUCGACAAACUUGCGGUCUUCCUCCCUGCCUUCGCUUCCGGUUGCUAGUAUCUCGAAUGCUUCCUGGAACCGGUUCCUCAUAAACGUGACCCCAGUAGCCGCGUCUCCUAAGGCGUGCCUAGGAACGUGAUCAAGCACCAAGAAGGAAACGAACACUUGUCAGGACACAGACAAAACAGAAGACAGGGCAGAACAGCCAAAGAUGGAGUCACCGGCCGGUUACCCUGAAUCUCCUAUGGAUCAGGAGGAUGUCCCCUUCCCAUGUAAAGGAUGUGGAGAGAUUCUCGAGGAAGGCAAGGCUUUUGAGUUAGCUGGAAAUAGAUGGCAUAUUGACUGUUUCCGCUGUAACACAUGUGGCACCCUUCUCGAUUCCGACGCACACCUUCUUUUGCUGGGAGAUGGAUCCCUGAUUUGCAACAACUGUACCUACAGUUGUAGUUCAUGUGGUAACAAGAUUGAAGACCUCGCCAUCCUGACGGGCGACCAAGCCUUCUGUGCGAAUUGCUUCAAAUGCCGCAAUUGCAAGAAACGCAUCGAGAACUUGCGAUAUGCGCGCACAUCUCAGGGCAUAUUCUGCAUGGACUGUCAUGAGUCACUCAUGCAACGGCGACGUAAAAAGAAGACCACCACUCAGCAGACGAAGCGAAAUCCUCCUGGGAUAAAAUUGGAUAAAUCCCUUCCGGCGAUCCCACCUCGUGACGAACAGAGAGACACUUCUAAACCUCGCGACGAGGUUUAUGCAACUACGUCUGCUGAGACGUCCAGAGAUAGACCGGCAGAUCAUGCUGCAGUUCAAGAGGGCGGCAUAUCAGAAGGAUCGCAACGCCGCGAAGCUAAUGAUCAAGAGGACCUUUUGCUGCCUUCAAGCACAUAUCGUGCUCCCAAUCGUCACUCGCUCCUGUCGCGGAAGUCAGAACCAGAACCGGAUGCUGGAGAGGAAUUCUUGAUACCAGUUGCCUUUGAUCCCACCCCAGAGGAGCGUCCAUCCCAGUCUCACCAGGAUGGUUACUUUCAAACGGCGCAAAAUGGAUCCUCCCAUAAGGAUGCCGAGGAUAGACAGGAGUUUCUGCAAGGAAAGGCCUAUGAGCCUCCUUCGCACGGCUCCUCGCCACAUAUUGCAUACCAGGAGAGGGGCCGUGAACCAUCUAACAUUGAUCCGACGCGUUGGCGACAGGAAGAGUUUGCUGGCACACACCAAGACACUUCUACGCGCAGCGCCUCACAGAAUAACAAUGAAGGCGGUGAAACAUUCAAACUGCAAGACGCGCCAAAAGGCAGACGCCCUGGCUCAGCUCACAGUUCCAAAUCAGAUCUUCUUGCCUUCACUAGGGAAGGCAUGUCGACCUCCAACACCGUGCCGAACCUUGAUCGUUCAGACUAUCUCAGCAGAGACAUCCUUCGAUCUGAGGCGUUUGUCCCAAGGCCGGCCAGCUCAGGUGGAGAGGCAGCCUCUCCAAGGCCCUCGCAUGAACUUCGCAGGCUCCACGAGCAUGCGUCAAGCGAAUCCGCUCGGUCAUUUAGGCACCCUGCUCAAGGUAUGCAGUAUCCUCCCAAACGAGGAGACUCGCUCGAGAACAAAACGCACCAGAUUCAGCGCAAAGGAGUGGGCUCUCCAUCAUCAGUAAAGGCGCCGGCUGGCCAGGGUGAGGUUGGCAGUGAAUCUCCAUCCUCGUCCCUCGACGCCACUUCACUCUCUAGGGUUGGGAUUGGGAGGGAGCCCAGGCAGUCUUUGGAAUCUUCCGCUUUUAGACUUGCUGGAGAGAUGUCUAAAGAGACUAGUUCGCUGUUGCGCGGUGUUCCAACUUCCCCUGAGAACCGCCCCCAGCAUGGUCGCAAUGAGUCGGCGCAGUCUGAUCCCCAACGCCCGGCAGACCUUGGGGCCUCUCCGUCAUUACUUCACUAUAGCGGCGGGGGAGAGUUUUCUAUGGACGAGGACAUGGCUCGCAUCCUGGGUACAGACGAGGACAUACACAGUGAAUCCUUUUUGCGUCGGGUGUCUAACUCCGUCCGCCACGGUCGAAGCUUCAGUGAGAAGGGUUCGCGUCUGUCGAAGGACUCUAAAUGGCCCAGGUCGCCUGCAAAUGGGUCUGCGUUCGACAACAGCAGUCCUAUAGCCAGCUCUCCAGAUCCUCGCGAUGAAAUAAUCCAACUGAGGCAUGAAUUACAGCGGGAGCGCCAGAGAGUACUAGAAAGAGAUCAGAAGAUUGCGGAGCUUGAAGGCGCUCUUAAAGCCACUGCUGAUGUCAACAAGGUCAAUACAGAGCUCAACGAGAAACGUUCUACUAUGGUUGUCCUUGAUGCGCAGAAGGAAAUCGUCCUCCGAGAACUAAAGGUCCUUACGGAUCACCUUGAAGCAGAGAAGCAUGGCGGUGGCGGAGGUUUGGAUGUCGGCAAGCUCACAAGCAACGUCCUCCGUGAGUUUGUCGAAGCAAUCCAACAGCUCAAAGACUCUUUCACACCGCAGAUUGAAGAGAUGAUCCAGAAACGCAACCAAACGCUGGAGGAACUUUCGGACUUGUCACGUAUGAAGGACAAGAGUUUUAAAGAGUUCGAACAGCUGUCGUCAAAGAACGCCCAGUUGGCAGAAUUGAACAACCAGCUUGUAUCUCAAAUUCAAGAGUUGUACAAAGCCAAUACCGCCACGGAGAACCACCAUGGCAACGGCCUUGGAAUCUAUUCCCAUUCAAAGGGAAAGUCUCUUACAGCUGUCGAGGCACUAAAGACCUCAACAAAUGAUUUAUCUACGUCCAUCUCGACGACGAACAUCCACCAAGAAGAGGCUGAUGCUGCAACCAUCGUUCCUGGUCCUCAGGUCGUCAGUAUUCGCAAGGGACAGCCCCGUAAAUUCAACUGGAAGAAGGGGGGCCAGAAUGUCGCCAAGGGUGUCACCAAGGGCCUCAAGGGCGCUUUCUCCUCUAGCGAGCCCAAGCCGGAUGUUGUAGCAUACAGUUCAACUGCACCGGCUCAAGAGACCGUUUCUGCAUUGCCACGCUCUCAGACGCAGGACCCAAGCCGUCAGGGCUUUGGUUUCUUCGGGAACCAGAAGAACAAGCAGGUUACGCCCAAGACCCAACUUAAUGGACCGACUGAGCCCGCUGGAACUGGCCUGUUUGGAGUCGACCUCGAGCAGCGUUUGGAGCAGGAAAAGAGUAUCAUUCCUGCCAUUGUGACCCGCUGCAUCCAGGAAGUUGAGCUGCGAGGUAUGGACAUGGAGGGCAUUUACCGUAAAUCGGGUGCCAGCUCAAUUACCCAGAUGAUCCGGGAUGGAUUUGAGCGUUCCCCACUUGACUAUGAUAUCUCGGACCCGGACCUAGAUAUACACGCCGUCACCUCUGCUCUUAAGCAAUACUUCCGGAAACUGCCCACGCCUCUUAUCACGUAUGAUGUCUACGAUGAGUUCUUGGAGACGAACGAAAUCGAGCCAGCAUCUGCUCGCAUUGAAGCUUUACAGAAAUGCCUCCAGAAACUUCCGCGCGUCCACAGGGAUGUGCUUGAGUUUCUGAUGUUCCAUCUGAAACGGGUUGUUGAGCGCGAGCCGGAGAAUCUGAUGACCAGCCAGAACAUAGCUGUAGUGUUCGCACCCACGAUCAUGAGGCCGGAAAGUCUGGCGCGUGAGAUGACCGAUGUUCAGAAGAAGAACGAGGCCCUCAAGUUCUUGGUCGAAAACUGUCAGGAGGUGUUUAUGGGUCUGCAAGGCUAGUCGACAAGACAUGCCUGGCAUUCCAGACCGAAUCUUUUGAUCGCAUAACGCGAAAGUGCAUCAGUUUCACUAUCGCUUCUCAGAGAUGUCCGUUCGUCGGUUUCGUACAUUGGAG